AAGAGAUUAAUAGAGAUAAGAAGCAACGAGGCUGUUGUAUAUUUCCACCCAAGCACCCAACACACCUGGCCUCAACUUUCUGUCUGUCUAACCUGUGUACUUUCUGCAUCUCUCCUCACCCCCAGUUAGGUCCAGUUAGGUUCAGUUAGGUUCAGUAGUAGUAACAGGAGUGAGAGAAAGCUUGCAUCAAUUGCCAAGCAAUGUGGGGAUUCUUGGCCAAUUAUGGCAAGUGUUAAAGUCUUAUCCUACAUCCAGACCUUCUCAAGUGGCAACCUGGGCUUCUUUGUGGCCUCCAUUGUGGUCCACCUCUCCUGAGGUCCUGUCCUGCUCUUCUCUUCCCCAGGGCCCUUGCACCUCCUAUGCUAAUCUGUACCAGACUGCCAUACUGCAUUGCAUUGUUACAGGAUUUUCCUUCUUCUUUAUUGUUUAUCUAGUAACAAUGAGCAGCCUGUGGCAACUGGUCCUCCAUAGCUCAUCUAAUGCCAGCUAUUCCUAAAAUGUGCUGAGGAGCACAGAAUUUAGGAUGCUUAGGAGGGCAGGCAGUUGGGAGUAUGGGAUGCUGUGGGGGCUAAGGCUCCCCUCCCCCCUCUCCUUGACUUUUCCCUCCAUCUGUACCUUUCCUUCACUCCCCUUUCAGCUUUGCUCUCUCCCACUCCUGCAAGGACUCCAUUCCUGAAAAUGAAUGUGCAUCUCCUUUCUCCUCUUCUCCUGGGGUCCACAGGGAACUUCCUAGUUGUUCCCAGGCGAAGCCUCACACCGCUGGGGCUAAGGGUUCUGGUCAGACCUCCAAAGGCUCCUAACUCUGUUCCAUCCUCCAGCUAGUGCUUUACUUGUGUGGGGAGGAGAAAUUUGAGGCUGAAGAGGAAGUGGGAGGAUUAAGUGCUUAUUUCACCAUGGUUUCCUCUGUUUCUUCACUCCCAACCCCGUGGGAGGGAGGUGGCUUGACAAGGAUAAGAGGCUGCGUCUUGAGGAGGCUUCAGAGUCCCCUGAAACCUCAAUCCAGUCCCAGGGCUGAGGCCUUUCCAGGACCAGUUGCAGAGCCAGCAGCUGGAGGGUGCACAUAGGCCAAGACCUCUCCUUCCUCUCUAGGCUUCUCACAUAGGCCUUUGCCUAUGUGAUCUCAGUAAUUUGUCCUGCACAGGCUGGGGAGGGAGGGACUGGACUGAAUCUCACUACAUUUGGGCACCUGUCUUUGGGGUGUCCCUGACCUCUUAGGUCCUCCCACUAGCCCAGCUCAAGAAGAGGACCCAUGGCCUGGGAGGCCUCAAGCUUGCUAUCUCCCAUCCUGCUGGUGCUCCUGGCCUCAGGCUCCUGGGCACAAGAUACAGAGUUGCUUCAAGCACUGGAGGGCACAACCAUCUCUGUGACAUGCCAGUACAAACCUUCUCAACACUCAAAGCUGAAAAUUUGGUGUCGGAGAAUGGCACACUCUUCUUGUACCAUCUUAGUGGACAGUUCCAACACAAUGCCUGGGGGGCUGCGAUACUCCAUCCAGAACCAUCCUGCAUCUAGCUACUUCAAAGUCACCAUGACUGAGCUCAGGGUGAAGGACUCGGGAUUCUAUCACUGCCUAGUCUCUGAGUAUUCUCUGACCUUUCCUUCCAUUCUCAGAACCAUCCAUCUUGUGGUGUCUAAAGCUUCGACCCCACUCACCACCAGGAGAACCAGGAUGACAAUAGCCCCAUUCUCUGCCACCAGCCCUGUCCCUGACAGCCCUCCUGGCAACCGGAAGUGGAAGUUCAUCGUUGCUGGUGUCACCGUGGCCAUCCUGCUGCUGCUGGGUCUUGCUGCCCUUGUGGGCCUGUACCUUAGGAAAGUGCGAGGAACAGGCAGGAAAGGUGAGAAUGAGUCCCACCACAUCUAUGAUGGUAUUUCCAACGGGAAGGAGGGGACCACUCACUUUGACCAGAAGAUUAUAUCUGAUGAGGACACAGGGGCCAUCUGCUAUGCCUCACUCACCCACCUGAACCACGUGGGUCCUGAGGACUCCAUCUACGUCAACACCUAUCCCAACCCGAAGCCCACACCUGACUCUCUCCUGUCUGUGGAAUAUGCCAGCAUCACUGGAAGCAGAUGCCAACUCUCCACAUCUGCUGCCCUAGAUGGGGAGCCUAGGAAUUGAAGGCUGAAUUCACUGGGCAUUGAAAUGUACCAAACACUCACUAGGUUCAGAGCUACUCUGCCAGCAAUGGUUGAUUUUGUAUAGCUAAGGUGGCCUACACAACUAUCAGGGACUAUGCUGUUCUACAAGAGAGAAAAGGAAGGGAGAGCAAAGGAAAAGAAAGUCUGUAUCCACCCAGAGGACUGCCAUGGUGACUGUGGGGUCACAGAGUGGGUUUCUGGACUGCUGUCCUCUACCCUCUCCAGGGUCUGGGACAAGUUUUUCUAGACACAGUCCAGCUAGACAAGGGUUGGGGUAACUUGUUCCCCUCUGUAACUAUUGCUUCCUUAAUGACUGGGGCUGUGAAAUGGUGGCAAACUGUGCAAACCCCUCUGUGGGUGCCUCUCAGAGCUUCCAAGCCAACUGGGAGAGGACUGUCCCCCACUCCUUGCCCUCUGCUUCUCUUCUGUGUGGCUUCUGAUUCUAACUCCCUCCUACUCAUUCUUAUGACUCUGCCAGAGACAUGGGCAAUACUCACCAUUCGGGAGUCUUCCAAGCUCUUGCUCUUGCACUUGCCCUUGCCCAGCAGGAUGGGGCAAAGGAGCUUCUUUCCCUAUAGCCAGCCAUGCUGCUCCACUGAAACUGAGCUGGGCUCCUCUGCCUUCCAUGGAAACUGUUAUCCAUUCUGCUGGGUCUCAGAGUGGAUGGACUUAAGUCAUUCCACAGGGCUUUGCUACACACAGGGUCUCUUUUAUUGCAUGUUACCAAAGGGUGACACAGAACUCUGGGGACUCCAGGCCAAGUGGUGGCAAAGUGCUCCAUCAGGGAGACAGUUGUUGGGAACUGCAGAUUUAUCACCUCUCCAAAGUGACUGCAAAGGUCACUGAACCUAACCGGCAAUGGGACACAACUCUCCUUCAGACCUCAGUAAGGUGCUACACAGGGCUGGAGGUGUGGCUAAAGUGUCACAUAGUCUCUACUUUGACUUCAACCUCUCAGAGGACAAGGAACUCAUUGCAUCCUACUCAGACAGCUGGUUUGUGGAAGUUUUUAUCAACUAGGACCUCUCUUGCCCUGAGUCACAAUGAGACAUCAGCUCUGCUCACAGGGUGAGACUGAGCAGGCUGCAUCAGCUAGAAAGGGGAGGAGGGGUUGGAGAGGAGAGGAGUGGGAGGAUUGGGGUCUGGCAGUAUGGUCUUAAGGAUGAGGUCUUCCUCUAGGAGGAAGACGGGUAAGUUCCUGUCACCUCUAACCAACUGCAACAUCUGUGCUAUCACCAUCUGCCUUCUGCAGUCCCAGUGUUGAGAAUGUGGUUUUGUCUGCAAUCUGUGGCUUCGUGGGGACACAGACUAUGUAGAAUUGUAAGUUAGGCACUCAGGUUGAGGGAGGCAGGUACAAGGAAGGAGUGGGAUGUUCUGAGUGUCAACUUACUUGUGGGUCUCUGCCCUGCCCUGCCUGCCCAAGUCUGCCUCCUUCUGCAGCCCAGACCUGACUGCUGGAGGUUGGGUGAUUGCUGUACCCUGACCCAGCCUUGCUCUGAGGUCAUUGAUACUGACUUGUGACCUCACUUGACCACUGGUCCUCCAUGACUCUUAAUAGCCCCUCUACUCUUGGUUUACAUUUGAGUCUAUGUACACUCAUCCUUACCAUGUGUUUCCUGACUUGAGUCUCAUGCCUGAGCUGGUCUAGCAGCAGACCAGGGGCCAUGCUGGGGGAUGAGAAAUCUGAAGGAUUUUCUCACACUGGAGCUCCUGGAGCUGACUAGGGGUACCUCUGUCAGACUCUUUGCUCAGGGAUGAAGAUAGAAAGAUUAAUUCCUGGACACCGGCACAUAUGGAGUGUUUAUAAUAUGCCAGAUUCCUCUACAUGGACUCAUGGCUCAAGCAUUCAUAUAAGAUAAAUACUUUCGCCUGUUUUACAGAUGAAGUUGGGCACAGAGGGGUUAAGUUAUUUCUCAAAGUCACAUAGUAAAGAGUAGAUCCUUGACCCCAUGCCCCUGUUUCCUUAGGCCAAAACAAAGCAAUUAUGGCCACAGCCAGAGGAAUGUUAGAACAGGGUGGGAAGCAUGACCUUUUGUGAAACAAACUUCCAGGGGUACAGCUGACUCCACUGGGAAUUUCAAGAGAGAUUCCCAAUUAACCAGCGGCCCCAGAUAAGAGGCCUUGGGUUCCUCCUUCCCACCCUGCUCCUGCUACCAACAAAGGCCUGGAGGUCCCUUUCCAGAGCUUCGACCUCAGGAAUGGACACCAUUCUCUUGUCCCAGUGCUCAGGCAUCCACAACCACCAAGAUACCCUUGGGAUCCAGGUCCCAUAGGAAGGUUAUUUGAGGAGGAGGAGGGAAGGGACUAGUGUUCUGGAGACCUGGGAGACCCACUGCAUAUGUCUGGGCUCCCCACUGUGUGAGCAGUAUCCCUGUGGGUCUUCCUGCAACUGCUAAGUGGGCUGGCCAUUGGCCUUGUCUCCCUUGCUCUUUAACAAUAUGACUUGGUAGGUAACCCCUCCAAUUUGUCUUUUAGUGGUUGUCUUAAGCCACUAAGGUUUGAGAUAUUUUGUUAUCUAACUACAAAAAAGCCAAAACAAACAGCCAAGACAAAUUUGGAACACAAGGCUGUGGGGAAAGGAGAUGACCUAACUCUACCAGAGACCAAGUCUUGCUAUAAAGUUGUAAUAAUAUGUGCAAUCCUGGAAUGGAAAAUUGGCUGAGGCACAGAAUUGAGAGGAGUGAUGUUUGACAGAGUUGGCUUUGUGAACCAGGAGGAGAUAGAAUAUUUAAUGGUGCUGACACAGCCAUCUAUCCAUAUGGGGAAAAUAAAAUUAGAUUCCUACCUUAUGUCUUACACAAAAGUAAAUUUCAGAUGUGUUAUAAACCUAAAGGGGAACAGCCAAACAAUAAAAUGUUUAGACAAAAAAAUGCAUUUUUUAUUUGAUUUUUUUGAUUUCUGAAGUAAGACAUCAAAAGCACAAACCAGAAAGGGUAAAAAUUACAAAAUGUUUGAUUAUAUUAAAUUUUGGUACCAAAGAUGAUACUAGAAACAAGAUGAAAGGGUGAACCACAGACAAUAACUAGACACUUGCAAUACUGUGGAGAGUGGAGUACCUAAGCACAGGUGUAUCAAAUAAACUGCGGGUUUGAGUUUGGCACAGCCCCAAGCCACAGAAGGGAGCAAGCAUACUUAUGCCAAAUAAACUGCAGUCUUGAGUUGGCACAGCCUCAGCUGCAGAAGUGGGCAAGAUGAAGUACAGCUGUUUUUCUUAAGAUGUUUACCUUCAGACAGAAGUAUUCACAGGUUCCUCCUGUUCCCGAGAAUUGCAAUGUCAUCCCCACUUCCCCAAGAACUGCCUCUCCACCUCCUGUUGCCACUGUAUAUAAUAAACUCACUGGAGGUGGAGGGGGCUGGUGUGUCUCCAUCUGAGCGCCCAGCCUACCUGGCCCCAGCUUUAUGCAUGUUUGGUCUUCUGUCUGUUGUCUUUUUCUGCAUCUCCAUUGUCCCCAGUUAGGUUUCUAGGACAAACUCGUGCGGGAUGCAAGACAAUACAAUAUGACUGGUUUUAGUAGCCUUAAUGUAUAAAGAUUUUAUUCAAAUCAAUAAAAAGGACAGACCAAUUUCAGUUGAUAUUUAGGUAAAAAUAAAGCAGACAAGGAAAAAAUUUGAAGACCCAGAUAUAUUUAUAUCCAGCAGACUGGCUGGGGGCUUCAAAUAUGUCUUCAG